UUGCAUCUGGAUAAACGUGAGAUAGAGAUUGAACCACCAUACUUCCUGGACAGCUUUCUGGUCUGGCGACGGUUGAGGGGUUGGAAGAGGAUCGAAUAUAUAUCCACGACCUUGUAGUUUCAGCCAUCCAGUUUCGAGACCCCUCUUCCCUCACUCUUCACGCAACAGUGACUUCUCUGAGCAUGAAGUGGUACUCAGUCGCCGCGACGCUUAUCGCGCCCUCUCAGGCUGCCUUGCGCUUCGGAUGCUCCACGCUGAGCAUUCAGCGCCUGGACCCCCUCGUUGAGCCAGGCCAUAUGCCAUCUGCGCAUGUCCAUCAGAUAGUCGGCGGCAAUGCGUUCAACGCCACUAUGACUGGGGACAUUGGCGAGAAGGCCACCUGCACCACUUGCACCUUCACCGAGGACUUCAGCAACUACUGGACUGCGGCCAUGUUCUUUAGACACGAGAAUGGCUCGUACAAGAAGGUCCCGAUCAUGCAGAACGCGGCAUUGCCGAGCGGUAUCAAUGGUGGCAUGACAAUCUACUACACACAGAAAGACUUCAACUCCAACGGCAACAAGAAAAUCACCGCGUUCCCCAAGGGCUUCCGUAUGACUGUUGGAUCGCCCACUACCGACUCGCUCGACAAGGCAAAGAAGAACGUCGGGCUUAGGUUCGUGUGUCUGCAGGACAAAAAUACCCGCUUCCCUGAGCUUCCUGACUUCCCCACCAAGCCUUGCAAGGGCGGCAUCAUGACGGUGCAUCACUUCCCAGCUUGCUGGGACGGCAAGAACCUCGAUUCUCCGGAUCAUCAAUCCCACAUGUACAACACCAAUAAGGAAGCCUUCCAAGAAGCGGGUCCCUGCCCGGCCUCUCACCCCGUCCGCGUGCCACAAGUUGCAUACGAGACCCUGUGGGAUACCACUCAAUUUUCUUCGAUGUGGCCUAAGGAUGGCUCCAACCCAUUCUUCCUGUCUUAUGGAGACAACAAAGGGUACGGCACACAUGCCGACUAUGUCUUCGGAUGGAAGGGUGAUUCCCUCCAAAGGGCCAUGGACAGCAACUGCAUGUUCACCGCUUGUGAAAACGGGAAGCCCCUGAAGAGUCAGGGUGUGGCCGCCAUGAACAAAUGUGCUGUGAAAAGCAGCAUUAAUGAAAACCUCGACACCUGGCUGUCUGAGUUGCCGGGUGGUGGGAUGGGAACAAAGAGGGAGGUUAGGUUCAGAGCCUGACGAAGCUCUUUGCACAAAUAGCUCUCUGCACAAACGGUCGUUUCCGUCAGUCUUUGUAUUCAUAGCGGAGGAUGUCAAUGAACUGAUGGCCUUUAUUCGAAUUUUCCUUCACAUGUGGCGGCUGUAGAAGUAGUACUCUUCAAUCGUUAACUCACUGA